CAGUGCGUACGUGAGUUGCGCGGCCUGCGCGCGCGCAGGAGCGACGGGAGUCUCCUGCCGGGUCCGCCGAGGCGAGGGCUGGGCUAAGAUGGCGGCGCCCGUCCUGCUGCGAGUCUCGGUGCCGCGCUGGGAGCGGGCGGCCCGUUACGCCGUGUGCCUGGCCGGCAUCGCCCUCUCGCUCUACGCCUGUCACCUGGAGCGCGAGAAGGGCCGCGACCUCCAUUACCGGGCCCUCUGCGACCUCAGCGAGCGCGUCCGCUGUUCCGCCGCCAUCGCCUCCAGAUGGGGUCGAGGUUUUGGCCUGCUUGGCUCUAUUUUUGGAAAAGACAGUACAAUAAACCAACCGAACAGCGUCUUCGGCCUUGUGUUUUAUAUACUACAGAUGUUACUUGGUAUGACAGCGAGUGCAGUGGCGGCGCUAGUCCUCAUGAUGUCCUCCAUUGCAUCCGUAAUAGGAUCCUUAUACCUGGCCUACAUCCUGUAUUUCGUGCUGAAGGAAUUCUGCCUUGUCUGCAUCCUAAUGUACUUGCUGAACUUCAUUCUCUUUAUCAUCAACUACAAACGACUAGUUUACUUGAACGAAGCCUGGAAACGGCAGCUUCCCCCGAAACAGGAUUAACUCCCCCAUGAACUAUUUUUUCAUUGACAGUCUUUGAAGACCUGGCUUCCGUUUUAAGAUUUAUUUCACAGCCAAAAGCAAGCAAACAAGAAUGAUUAUUGUUGUUAUUAUUAUUAUUAGUUUUUUAAAAAUUCUUCAUAUCAGAUGCUUUCCCCAAGAAAACCAUAACUUGAUGUCACCAUUGCAGUGAAUCAAAAGGAAGGGGCCCUUAGGUAAAGUUUCUGAUGAUAAGCUCCGUCUCUUGAGGAAGCGCCCGAGGAAGUCCCGGAGCCAGGAAAGACAAGCUUUAACUCUACUUAGAAGGAGUUCUGAGUGGUAAACUUUACUCCUUCUCAUUUUCUGCACCCGCUGCCCCGUUUGAAGUAUGAUAACACUUGCUUAGUACAUCUCCAGUCUGUCUGUAAAUCCAGUUUGGGAAGCUGACUGGGAGAUAAUGGUUAAUUUGUUCCAAACUUUAUAGGUACCAUAUGGAAUGGCUGCCAUGUUAUACACGAUUCGCAUUUGUAGCUGAGGGGAUAUGACCCACAGUAGAUGCGACAAGAACACUUAGUCCCCCCAACCUUGUAUAUAACACUCAGAAGAGUGGUGUGCAUCCUUGAGAAAUGGGAAGCUCGUCACCAUUCGGCCAGGUUCGUUUGGGAGUGUUAGUGACCUGAAGAACUGUUUUGUCUUCUCAAUGGGAGAUUUUAUGUUUCGUCUAAAGCUGGUGGAGGGGUGGGAGGGAGGAUGAAAUGGCCCCUCGCUCUACAGCUAAAGAUUUCUUCUCUUGUAAAAAACGUAUCUAAAUGAAAUGGAGUUUGAUGCGUCGAGGUGCGUGCAUUGCGAAAGAACAGUUUCUGUGCAGUACCAACAAGUAGUCAGCGGAGCUCUUUGACAGAGGUCCAAGAUCUUCCUUGAGGACACAAAUCCGAGUGUUUGGCGUGGGGGGAAACCGGGGAGGGGUGCGUGGCUGCAGCAUGUUGGAGUGGAAGGGCCUCCCUUGGAAUCUAGACCAUGUGCUGAGUGGCAGAAUGGGCCCUGUGCUUGGAACCCCUGUUGGAACAGUCAAUGCUAGUAUUACAGGAGAGCUCUUAUAUGUUUCAGGCUGCUGUGUAGAAUUACAGCUUCAACACUGGAUCUUUGUGACUUAACUGGCAGGCUGAUGCACUGGAGAAGCAGAGCUCGGAGGCCGCAGAGCUGUGGUCUUUGAAAUGAAGGGAGCCAAGGGCUUCCCCAAAAGGGCAUCUCACUGCUCUCUGGGCAGGUCCCCUUCAUGCCAAGAGACACUUCCGCAAGAAGACGUUGUCACGGAUUGUGCCCGUACAGGCCGAGGAGUUCAGAGCUGCGGUUUACCAAGCGGAGGCUGCCCGGUGGGCUCGCCCAGUCAGGCAGGGCAAAGCGUGGAUCGUAUGAAAAGAGGGGAAGGAAACGGAUGCCGUGGGCUGGGAGUGGAUGAGAGGCUGGGAUUCUGUUUUGGAAUGGGACGCCGCAGCCAAAGGCAGAUCACUGUGGUUUUGCCCCCCUCCC